AUGGUUUUCUCUUCUAUUCCAGUCUAUUUAGAUCCUCCCAAUUGGCAGCAACAACAAAAUCAACAUAUAGCAAAUGGUAGUAACAGUCCUCAGCUGCUUCCUCCGCUGCUGCAACAGCCACAGGACCCUCACGUGGGAGUUCAUGAUGCUGCGGGCCCAAUCCGGCCCGGUUUGAUGGCGGACCGGGCCAAGAUUCCGGCCCAGGAAGGAGCUCUGAAGUGUCCUCGGUGUGAAUCAACCAACACAAAGUUUUGCUACUUCAACAAUUACAGCCUCUCUCAACCGCGGCACUUUUGCAAGACUUGUAGGCGUUAUUGGACAAGAGGUGGUGCUCUCAGGAACGUUCCUGUUGGUGGAGGAUGCCGUAGGAACAAGAAGAACAAAAGGAGUCGUUCCAAAUCUCCGGUUUCUUCUGAGAAACCAUCACUUCCCAAUUCCACAAGUGCCAUGCCUGAACUUAUUGGUCGGUUCCCACAACCUUUCAUGGCCUCUCUUCAGAGUAUGAACCGCUAUGGUGUAGGGAACACAGGUGUUAACUUGCGUGAGAUGCAAGCACAGAACGGUUCUCAUAUGGGGUUUCAAAUGGGUGGUCAGGGUCAUGGUUCAAGUGUUACUCCUACAGGAGGAUUAGUGGAGCAGUGGCGGUUUCAGCAGUUUCCUUUCUUGAACGGUUUUGAGUCAGCUUCUGGUGUUUCUUCCUACCCUUUUCAAACUGAAAGUGUUGAAGGUUUAGUUGGAGAAAUUGCCGCACCUUCUAGGGUUACUCAGCUGCCACCACGGGUUAAAUUGGAAUAUAACGGUGGUUUGAAUUUGUCAAGAUCUCCUUUGAGUGUCUCCGAAAAUAGUAACCAUUACUAUUCAUGGACGGAUUUAUCUGGUCUUGCAUCCUCUUCCGCCAGUCAUCUCUUGUAA